AUGUGCGCCACGCCGGCGAAGCCGGGCAUCAAGCUGAAGUUUCUGAAGUUUGACGUGCUGGACCAGUUCCGGGAUCAGUUCGAGCCCUACCACGGCAUGUUCGGCUGCGAUCUCAGCUCCAGCACGUCCUUCCCGGAGACUUUGAUCCGCCUGCCCUUCCGCACCGCGGAAUCCGCGAAGAUCAGCGAGAUCAGCGACACAGUAACGUCGCCGGAAGGCGCCAUGGCCUUCCUGAAAGCCUUCCACGCCGCGGCGGCGGAGUGUCUCAUCUUUCUGCAGCACGUGCAGAGCAUCGAGUUCUGCUGGAUCCCGGCGGACGCGAAACCCGGGGCCACGCCCAGCAGCGUCAUGCAGAUCCAGGCGCCCGGGUUUGAAAGGCAAGCGCUUGGGAAUGGAGUUGGGGUACUUUGUUGGAGGGUAAGCCUUUUGAGUCCAAGGGUGGGAAUGGAUUGGUGUUACUUUUUUUGGAAGGGUACCAUUUUUUUUCGGUCCGAGGACCUUGGUUUGAAAGGAAACAAGGGGGGAAACACACAGAUGUUGGUUGUCCUUUGUGUUUGGUUGAUUGUUUCUUUGAAAUGGUUGGCUUCCUCGGUGUCUUUUCAAAUACGAGCAGAGGUGUCCACCAACGGAAGCUAG